AUGCUCGAGGCGGGAAAGGCGGGACCCAGGGUCCAUUGGCGUGGUGACUGGGUGAGCAUCUUGGAGACGGAAGUCAGUGACAAUCUUGUCAAUGAGCGCGGUCUGAGAGAGAGCCACGGUGCGAGAUGCACGGUCACGAUCGAUGGCGAUGGCGAUGCCGAAUUGUGCUUCGUCCAGGUCGGAGAUAUUCCAUAG